AACAAUCCGUAUAAAUCUUAUCAUCGUCGCCUCUCUCUUCAUUUCCCACCACAUCCACCACCGGCGAAGAGGAGAGAGGAGGAAAGAUGGUGACGCUUAAGCUGCAAAAGCGGCUUUCCGCCAGCGUAUUGAAGUGCGGCAAGGGGAAGGUUUGGCUCGACCCUAAUGAAGUAAACGAAAUCUCCAUGGCCAACUCCCGACAAAAUAUUAGGAAGUUGGUUAAGGAUGGUUUCAUUAUCAGGAAGCCAACCAAGAUCCACUCACGUUCCCGUGCCCGCCGCAUGAAGGAGGCAAAAAGGAAGGGACGCCACUCUGGAUAUGGUAAGCGCAAGGGUACCAGGGAAGCAAGGUUGCCCACUAAGAUUCUGUGGAUGAGGAGAAUGAGAGUAUUGAGGCGUCUGCUCCGCAAGUAUCGUGAGGCAAAGAAGAUUGACAAACACAUGUACCAUGACAUGUACAUGAGGGUCAAGGGAAACGUGUUCAAGAACAAGCGUGUGUUGAUGGAGAGCAUUCACAAGUCCAAGGCUGAGAAGGCUAGGGAGAAGACUUUGUCCGACCAGUUUGAGGCCAAGAGAGCAAAGAAUAAGGCUAGCAGGGAAAGGAAGUUUGCUAGGAGAGAAGAACGUCUUGCUCAGGGACCAGGAGAGAAGGUAGCUCCACCUGCAGCAGCUGCCCCUGCAUCGACAGCUCAGCCAGCACAGCCAAUUAAGAAGUCGAAGAAGUGAUAUACUUGACGAAUAGUUUUCACCUACUGGCACUCGGCAUCCUUAUGGUUUUGCUAGAACUGUACCCCACUUCUUUUACACCCUUAAUUUUGAGUUGCUUUUAUCAUAUAACUAUGUUUAGUGAAAGGAGUAUUGAAAUUAUUAUGUUUCCAUAAGUUGAUUUAUACUCCUAUUUGAUUUCUUUUAAGUUUAUGUGCAUGUUCUUAUAUUGGGUAUAA